CUUCCUUAUCUAACAGCGAGGUCAGAUAUCGGAGUGUCAGAGCUGUAAAUAUUAUCUUUGUUAGUGGUAGAACAAACAGCUAAUCUAGUGAGGUUUAGAGCGCCGAAUAAAGCCGAUUGUGUCUUGUUGAGUUAAAAUCAUAUUAUUGAUUUAAGAUAAAUACAUGAAACUUUGGGACAGUAGAGACCCGGAAAUGGAUCAUUUAGCGACGACCUCGCUGCUGUUGAAACUGACUUCCAUCUUCUUCAUCUCGUCUGCCUCUGCAGACCCAACAAACAUCACAGCAGAACCUGGACAGAAUGUCACUCUGCCAUGUAGAACUUCUGACAGUGAACCUGUUGUUGCUGUAGAGUGGGACAGAAAAGAUCUGGGGUCAGAAUAUGUUCUUCUCUACAGAAAUAACCAGUUUGAUCUAGAAAACCAGCAUCCAUCCUUCAAGAACAGGGUGGAUCUGGAGGAGGAACAGAUUAAGGAUGGAGACGUGUCUCUGGUUCUGAUGAACGUCUCUACUGAUGACAGAGGAACAUAUGAGUGUCUAGUCGUCCAGACAGAAACAAACAACAGGAGGGAGACGGUUCUCUACAUAAACCUGGAUGUAGUUCCUCCUCCAGACCCAGCAAACAUCACAGCAGAACCUGGACAGAAUGUCACUCUGCCAUGUAGAACUUCUGACAGUGAACCUGUUGUUGCUGUAGAGUGGGACAGAAAAGAUCUGGGGUCAGAAUAUGUUCUUCUCUACAGAAAUAACCAGUUUGAUCUAGAACACCAGCAUCCAUCCUUUAAGAACCGGGUGGAUCUGCAGGAGGAACAGAUCAAGGAUGGAGACGUGUCUCUGGUUCUGAAGAACGUCUCUACUGAUGACAGAGGAACAUAUGAGUGUCUAGUUAUCCAGACGGUAACAAACCACAACAGAGAGACGGUUCUCUACAUAAACCUGGAUGUAGUUCCUCCUCCAGAUCCAACAAACAUCACAGCAGAACCUGGACAGAACAUCAUUCUGCCAUGUAGAACUCCUGACAGUGACCCUGUUAUUGUCAUAGAGUGGAGCAGAACUGAUCUGGGGUCAGAAAAUGUUCUUCUCUACAGAAAUAACCAGUUUGAUCUAGAACACCAGCAUCCAUCCUUUAAGAACCGGGUGGAUCUACAGGAGGGACAGAUUAAGGCAGGAGACGUGUCUCUGGUUCUGAAGAACGUCUCCACUGAUGACAGAGGAACAUAUGAGUGUCUAGUUAUCCAGACGGUAACAAACAGCAGGAGGCAGACGGUUCUCUUGAUAAACCUGGAUGUAGUUCCUCCUCCAGACCCAGCAAACAUCACAGCAGAACCUGGACAGAAUGUCACUCUGCCAUGUAGAGCUCCUGACAUUAAACCUGUUAUUGCUGUAGAGUGGAGCAGAAAAGAUCUGGGGUCAGAAUAUGUUCUUCUCUACAGAAAUAACCAGUCUGAUCUAGAACACCAGCAUCCAUCCUUUAAGAACCGGGUGGAUCUGCAGGAGGAACAGAUCAAGGAUGGAGACGUGUCUCUGGUUCUGAAGAACGUCUCUACUGAUGACAGAGGAACAUAUGAGUGUCUAGUUAUCCAGACGGUAACAAACCACAACAGAGAGACGGUUCUCUACAUAAACCUGGAUGUAGUUCCUCCUCCAGGGGAGCCUGAUGACGGGAGCAAACGUGGAUCUGAUGGAUAGAGGGCUGGAGUGUUUGUUGGAGUUGUUGUACCUGCCAUAAUUAUAAU